AUGAACUCUGAAUUAUACUCUAAUAGAGAACUGCUACAAGAAAUGAAAAAAUAAGACUCAAUGAGAAGCUAAAGACAAUUAAAGUCUUGUCCAGCUUAUUUCAAAACAUUGCAAUUUUAAAAAUAUUAGAAUAUUUAGACAUCUGAGCAAAAUUAGUAAUUUUCUAAGGCUAACCCCUUAAAUGUUUUCAUAAGAAUUAUCAAGUUCAUUACAUUAAUCACUCAAUCGGUUUUUCCAUAGGAUUUUAAAUAUUUAGAUUCCAAUAUGUUUAAAAUAAUUGGUGAUAAGGCAACAGAUUUUGGAUUUUAUGUGAAAAAUGAUUACUUUAAAUAUAUAGUAAAUAUUAUUUAAUCAUAGAAAGCAGCUCCAGAAUCUAGGUUACAACAUAUAUUAUAAAUAACUAUACUAAAAUAUUACACUAUACAAUCAUUAAUGGAGUACUUAUCCCAUAGUAAAUUUCUUUUUAAGCCUGAAUAAACAUAUAUACUCAUUUGGAAUGUUUACUUGCUUAUAAUGAUAAACUUUAACUUUUUAUAUUGUUCCAUAAAAUUUUCUUUUGAUUUUGAUGGCAGAGAACCAGAAUAUUACAAAGAAGGGGAAAUAUUCUUCCUUAUAAUUCCAUUUAUUAGUUAUUUAAUUGAUAUACUAGUGAAAUUAAAUAGUUGUUAUUAUGAGGCUGGUUAUUUAGUGACAGAUAGACACAAAAUAAUUAAACACUUUUAUCAUUCAAAUGAAUGCAUAAUUGAUUCAAUAAUAAUAAUAAUAUCAUUAGGUUAUUUUUUUGAUUCCAAAGGUAAUAAUUUAUUGUCAUUAUUUAUGAUAAUAAAAAUAUUGGAUGUUCCAAAAAGAGUUGGUUUGAUAUUAGAUAAAUUAGAACUAACAACAAAUUAUUGGGCAGUCUAUGAUUUAAUUAGAUUGAUUUAUUUAAUAAUAAUAGAAGCUCAUAUAUUUUGUUGUUUUCUAUAUUAUGUAGGGAAAUAAAAUAAGAAUGUUUCAUGGAUUAUAAAUGAGGAUUUAGUUGAAGCAAAUUUUAUAACAAGCUAUGUAAAUAGUAAAAUGAUUGUAGUUGACUACAUUUUAUUGGAGUGUAAUAACAAUGACAACAAUAGGAUAUGGAGACUUUACUCCAUAGAAUCUGAAUGAAAGAGUAUUGAUUAUAUUUGUAGCAAUUGUGUCCUGUUGUACAUUUGGUUUUUUUGUAUCAUCAAUAGGAUAAAUAAUUUACUCAAUUUAAAAAAAAGAAUAAUAAAUAAGAUUAGAUUUGAAUGAUUUGAAAAAAUAUUUAAGAGUGAGAGGUUUUAAUUCAGAAUUAUAAAUAAAAAUUAGAAGAUAUUUUGAAUAUUUAUGGAAUGAUUGUAUGGGACAAGAAUAAUUUGAUAUGUCUAAAUUGUAAUAGUUGUUACCUAGUAAUUUGUAUACUGUAAUAAUAAUAUAUAGAUAAUUAUUAGGAAAUGAUCCUAGAUUUAAAUAUGAAGAGUAUAUCAAAAAUUCCAUUUUUUCAUGAUAAUUUUAGUUCUGAUUUUUUAUAAGCUUUGGCUGGUGAUUUUGAAGAGGAAAAGUUGACUCCUUGGUAAAGUAUUUUUACAAAAGGAGAGUAAAGUCAAUAUUUAUAUAUCCUUUGUGAAGGUGAAGUUGAAUAUUAUGUAUCAUUACCUGAAGGUUCUGGUAAUUGUGUAUCUAUUCAAAAAAUGGAUGGAUAAGAUGAAAUAUUUGGAUAAUAGGAUUUUUUGUUGGAUCAAAAUUAUUCAAUUAAUUGCAGAACUACAAAGCCAUCUAGAAUAUUAAAAAUGCAUAGAGAUAAGUUUUAAUAGAUUGCUAAAAAGUUUGGUUAUGUACUAAAAAUUAAAUAAUAUUAGGAAAAAUAUUGUUAACUUAAAGAUUUAGUUAAAUUCUCAGGUAGAUUUGAUGAAUUUCAUAUUUAAUGUAUAGGAUGUAAUAAAUCAACUCAUUUACUUUAUAAUUGUCCUAUGUUAACAGGAUUUCCAAGUAGAACUAAAACCUUAUUAAAAUAUAAAAAAAAGUAUUGUCAAGAGAGAAAGGUUUUUAAAAGAACCAAUUUAGAAAAGAGGAUAUCAACAUUAAGUUUGGAAGGUAAAAUAGCAGACAGUGUGUUAUAUUAUUUAUUGAAAGAUCCUAAGAUGUCAGAACAAUUCAAUUAUCAAAUUAAAAGGAAUAUGUCAAAUUCAUAAAAUCUUAGAAAAUCUUAAAAAAAAAUAACUAGUGUACCAAAAAGAGGAGUGCCAUUGUUUUUAAGUCAAGAAUAAUAUUCAAGAACAGUAGAAACUAAUUUUGAAGAAAACUUAGGAUUUCAAUUCAGUAAAGGAGUGAUAUAGUAAUAGAAAAAAAUGACACUUUUGGAUGAAGAACUAAGUUUGGAUGAAAGUUCAAAAAUAUUUGCAGCAUUGAAUAAAAAGUUUUUAACUAAAGGAACUUCAAGCAUAAGUAUUGUUAAGAACAAUGAAAUAAUAUAAGAAGUAGAGAAAGAAUAUGAUUCAAAAGAUGAGAAGACAUUAUUAAUUGAAUCUAAAAGUAUAAUUAUCUAUCUAUAUUAAAAGGAGAUUAUUAAGAAUCUAUGGGGAGGUAUAAAGAUAUUUUUGAAUCUUUUGAGAUUUAGAGAGAUUAUGAAUUAUAUAUGCCUCACAUGAACUUCAAAUUAAUUUAAGAAAUGUUCUAAAAGAGUAGGGAAAUAGCUAGUUUUCAUAAUUUCAUUGAUGUAAACAUUGUGAAAAGAAAAUGGAAAAGAUCUAAAAUAGUUAUUGUCUUGGAAUCUUGA